UCUGUUAUUUGUCAACAUUAAAACAAAUGUAAUUUUUAAAUCUCUUAUGUUACAGAAGAAGUGCUUUACAGCAUUUUUAGACCUGUGUAAGAGUUCAUUUGUGACCAGAGACGUAACAAUUUACUUCAAGGUCCAUUUCAGAGCUUCCAACUGUGUUUCCUGGUCUUCAUCAGCAGAUAUUGUUCAGUUGUCAUGAAGAUGGAUGGUUGCAACAAAUAAUUCAAAGUGUCCUCUACUCCGCUGGUUCCCAACCUGGGGGUCCCGACCCCCACUAGGGGUCACCAAGCCUGUACUGUUCUGAACUGAAUAUAAUUUGAAAGGUCCAUAAUAUGUCAGUUCCUCAGGGGUCGUCAGUUUAAAGGUAAAAUAGGGGUCUCUGAGGGUAAAAGGUUGGGAACCACUGCUCUAAUGCAUCCUCCAACUUUCUUCUUUCAGCUUCCUGUUGAUCACACUGCUGAGGUUUUCUGCUCUCUGGUUGGAGGACCUCCAUCAUGGCCACAGCUGACCAGCUGCUGGAGCGGAUUUUCUCCUGGAUCGAGCAGAGGGAGCGCUGUGCAGAGAAGCUACGGAAACUGGCCAGAGAGCUGGAGUCACUCAGGGAGAAAUGUAACGGCAGUGAAUGUAUUGGCAGUUCAGUGUCAGUGGCGGGAGCUGCAUGUCUGAUCGGGGCCGGCGUGGCCACUUUGUUCACCGGCGGAGCUGCGGCUCCAGCUUUAGCUUUGGUAGGAGGAGUGUAUACAGGUGUCGGUGUCACUGUCUCUCUGGCUACUAAACUCACUGAGCACCUUAUAUCCAGCGACACCAUGAAAGAUGCGCAGAAGAUAGAACAGAAGAGCAACGACAUUGGAGAAACAAUCCAGCGACUGUUGAAGAAACUGAAGGCGGAGAAGAAGGGAGUGAACUCCUUCACAGACCCAGAUGAACUGGACCGACAUGUCAUGACUGAAAUUCUGGGAGCCAUGGCGAGAAGAAGUGGACUGAAGUGGCCAAUCAACAUCAGCUCAUUUGGAGAUGGUUGGGGGGGGGCGAGAGGGUUUACUGGCCUGGAUUCACCACAGCUCAACCCAAACUUAAUCAUGCCUGAAGUCAUGACUGCAGUCGCCGGUGUUUUAAUAUGUUUCUCAUUUCAAGCUGAAGGGAAAGCAUCCAAACUUUUGUUUGCUAAAGGAGCUGAACAACUCAUCAAAAAAGUGUCAUCGGCUGGAUUUAAAACAUUUCUUAAAGGAGGCGGCCUGGCUGUGGGAGGAGCUGUUGGACUGGCGUUUGCACUUUCAGAGGCCAUUGACAACUGGAAAGACAUGAUCGAGAAGAAUCAUGUGACUGAGGCGAGCCAAUCACUGAGAGACACAGCUGACGCAAUCUUAGAGAUGACCAGGACACUGAGGAAACAGCUUGACGACAUGAAGAGGAUGCUUGAAGAGAUGGAGAAACAUCAACGAGAACAAGAGGAACAGCUUCGCAGAGAGUUCGCCAGAAAACAAGAAGAGGAACAGCUUCGCAGAGAGUUCGCCAGAAAACAAGAAGAGGAACAGCUUCGCAGAGAGGUCGCCAGAAGACAGCAAGAGGAACAGCUUCGCAGAGAGUUCGCCAGAAGACAGCAAGAGGAACAGCAUCGCAGAGAGUUUGCCAGAAGACAGCAAGAGGAACAGCUUCGCAGAGAGUUCGCCAGAAAACAAGAAGAGGAACAGCAUCGCAGAGAGUUUGCCAGAAGACAGCAAGAGGAACAGCUUCGCAGAGAGGUCGCCAGAAGACAGCAAGAGGAACAGCUUCGCAGAGAGGUCGCCAGAAGACAGCAAGAGGAACAGCUUCGCAGAGAGAUCGCCAGAAGACAGCAAGAGGAACAGCUUCGCAGAGAGAUCGCCAGAAAACAAGAAGAGGAACAGCUUCGUAGAUAUGCUGCUGUGAUUUCUUAUUCUCUUUCCAGAGAAAUGAACGAAAAACGAGAUAGUGGGGAUGAAGAGAGAGAUCGUGAGGAGGAAGAGAGUGAUCGGGGGGAUGAAGAGAGAGAUCGUGAGGAGGAAGAGAGUGAUCGGGGGGAUGAAGAGAGAGAUCGUGAGGAGGAAGAGAGUGAUCGGGGGGAUGAAGAGAGAGAUCGUGAGGAGGAAGAGAGUGAUCGAGGGGAUAAAGAGAGAGAUCGUGAGGAGGAAGAGAGUGAUCGAGGGGAUGAGGAGAGUGAUAGUGAGGAAGAGACAGAGGAAGAGGAAAACAAGCAGAGUGGCGGAAAGCAAAAGAAAAAGCUGGUUGUGUUGAUCAAAACCAGAAAAAGUGACAGUAAUGAAGAAAACAAUCACAAGUUUGAGACCAACCCAAGUCCUCCUGGAUCAAUAAGGAUGGGGCUGCUAAAUGUUCAGUCACUGACAGCAAAAACAGAAGAAAUCAAAGAGCUCAUAACACAAAACAGCUUGGACGUCUUUCUCCCAACUGAGACAUGGUUAAAAAGGAAAGGUGGAGAUCACGUUCUCGGGGCAGCUUCACCGGAAAAUUUCAGUUCCUUUCAUCAGGUGAGGGCAACUCGAGACACUUUCAAUGUCAACCAGGUGAGGAAAUCUCGAGGGGGAGGGGUAGCGAUUCAGUAUUCACAGGUGUUACAGGGUGAAAAAAGAAAACUAACAAAAAAAGCCCCAGAAACCUUUGAAUAUGUUGCUGCAGAGCUGCAACAUUGUGAGUGGGGCCAACCUGUCCUGCUCAUCAAUGUGUAUCGCCCACCGGGUAACUUGAACAGCUUGACCCAGUUCUACCGAUUCCUGGAAGAGUUUCAAAGUCUUUUGGAUGAAGCUUCUGCACGUUACAACAGCAUCAUCAUUACUGGCGACUUCAAUAUCCAUGUUGAGAAUGAAAUGAUGAGCUCAACUACUGAGUUUCGACAGCUUUUGGAAUGGUAUAAUCUUGUUCAGCAUGUAGAGGAGCCGACACACCGGAGUGAUCACUUUCUGGAUCUGGUCAUCACCAGGAAUGUUGAAAUCUCUGAUCUCACUGUCCAGGAUGACGGGAUAUCAGAUCAUUACACCGUCAUUUUCAAUGCAGAGCCGGUGUCAGAAGAAACAGAUGACGAAGAGAGCACAAAACGAUACAAGAGGAAAGAGGAAUAG